ACCACCACUGCCGACCUCGGUGCGUUUUAUAGCUUUUAGUUUCCUCGUCCAGAACCGGAUCUAGCAACUCGUCUACCGCCUACACCCUUAAUGUAGCCCCCAAUGGCAGCCGACCUUCAGCAAAAGCCCGCAGAGGCCGGCAAGAGCCAAAACUACAAAGGCUUUGUCGCCGGGGUGUUCUCGGGCGUCGCCAAGCUCUCGGUCGGCCACCCCUUCGACACGAUCAAAGUCCGCCUCCAAACAACCGACUCCGCACGCUUCAACGGGCCCCUCCAAUGCGUUGCGCAAACCAUCCGCAAUGAAGGUAUCCGUGGCCUGUACAAGGGUGCCACCCCUCCUCUGGUGGGCUGGAUGUUCAUGGACAGCAUCAUGCUCGGGAGCUUGACCAUGUACCGCCGUCUCCUCGCAGAGAACAUCUUUGUCCGCUCACCACCGUCGGCGCGCCAUCCGGACCUGGCCAGAAACGCAACCGCAGCCGCGCAGGCCGCGCAUAGUAUCGCGCACCUCCCCUCUUUCGGCCACGGCCUUGCGGGCAUCAUGGCUGGGGCCACGGUAUCCUUCAUCGCGGCGCCGGUGGAACACGUCAAGGCGCGGCUGCAGAUCCAGUACUCUGCCAACAAGGCGGAAAGGCUGUACUCGGGACCGAUAGACUGCGUGCGCAAGAUCUACGGGGCCCACGGCGUGCGAGGAAUCUACAAGGGCUUAUUCGCUACGCUGAUGUUUCGGUCUUUUUUCUUUUUCUGGUGGGGCUCGUACGAUGUGUUCUCGAGGAUAUUGCGGGAGCGGACAUCGCUCAGUGCUCCCAGUGUUAAUUUCUGGGCGGGGGGAUGCAGUGCGCAGAUCUUUUGGUUGACGAGUUACCCGAGUGAUGUGGUCAAGCAGAGGAUCAUGACUGAUCCCAUGGGUGGCAGGCUUGGAGACGGAACGCCCAAGUUUAAGACUUGGUCUGCGGCCGCCAAGGCGGUCUACAGGGAGUCUGGAUGGAGGGGUUACUGGAGAGGAUUUCUGCCAUGUUUCCUACGUGCUUUUCCAGCGAAUGCGAUGGCGUUGAUGGCAUUUGAAGGAGUGAUGAAAGCGUUACCUUAGAUGGCGACGUAGAUUAUAGAUAUAGAGUGGACCAGUUGGGCCCAUAAGAAUCAUAGACCCAGAACAAUCGUCACAAUUUCACGCUGCACAGCAUAG